UCUGGCAGUUCCUCUCCAUCCUGCAGGAGCACUUUGGCAGCAUGGCGGGGGCCAACACCUACCUCACGCCACCGGGGACGCAGGGCUUCGCCCCCCACUACGACGACAUUGAGGCCUUUGUGCUGCAGCUGGAGGGGAAGAAGCACUGGCGUGUCUACAAGCCCCGCACGGAGGCCGAGGUGCUGCCUCAGUUCUCCAGCGCAAACCUCACGCAGGCGGAGCUCAGCGAGCCUGUGCUGGAGACAGUGCUGGAGGCUGGCGACCUGCUGUACUUCCCCCGCGGCUUUAUCCACCAGGGCGACUGUCUCCCCGACGCUCACUCGCUCCACAUCACCGUGUCUUCUUACCAGAGGAACUCCUGGGGGGACCUCCUGGAGAAGCUCCUCCCAGCUGCCCUGCAGAUGGCCUUGGAGGAGGAUGUGGAGUACCGGCAAGGGCUUCCCAUGGACUACCUGAGUUACAUGGGAGUCGCCAACUCGGAUGCAGUUGACGCUCGGCGAACAGCCUUUAUGGAAAAGGUGCAGAGCCUGAUAAAGAAACUUGUUGACUACGCACCCAUUGAUGCUGCUGUGGAUCAGAGAGCCAAGUCGUUUCUUCAUGACUGUCUCCCCCCGGUGCUUACGCAGAAUGAGAAGGCACAGAGUGUUUAUGGCUUCCCAGCCCGGUGGCAAGAUGGAGGCCCCUGUGAUGUCGAUAUUCUGAUAACAAAAGACACAGAAGUACGUCUUCUCCGCCACGGCAUCAUUAGAUUGUGUAAUGAAGAAGCAGGUGUGAUGCUGUAUUACACGACAGAAAAUUCAAGAGUGUAUCACAAGGAGGAGCCCAAGUUCCUUGAGAUCGAUCCUGAGUAUACAGACAGUAUCGAAUUUCUCCUGUCUUCCUAUCCGAACCAUGUCUGUGUGGAUACUCUUCCCUGUGAAACCCUGGAGGACAGGAUUUCUCUAGCCACGCUCCUGUUUGAGAAGGGCAUUCUGACUACAAAGAAGCCUCUGGUGCAAUUGUAACUUUUUUUAACAAAAUAAACAUACCUUUGUUUA